AUGUUGGAAGGCCUGGUUGCAGGCCUGCUCAACAGGUUCCUGGGCAUGUACGUCAACAACUUCGACCCCAAGCAGCUCAAGGUCGGCAUUUGGUCUGGCGAUGUCAAGCUGCGCAAUUUACAGCUCCGCAAAGAAGCUCUCGACCAGCUCAAACUACCCAUCAACGUCCUCGAAGGUCAUCUCGGCGAGUUGACCUUGAUCAUCCCUUGGUCUAACCUUAGUGGUGCGCCCGUCAAAGUCUUUAUUGAGGACGUCUUUUUGCUGGCGUCCCCGAAAGAAGAUGCAGCAUACGACGAGGACGAGGAGGAGCGGAGGAAACAGCGUAUCAAGAUGGAGAAACUUGACUCUGCUGAGCUUCUCAAGGAACGAUCACAAGAGGGCCUCAGUUCCGAGGAGCAAAAGAAGAAUCAAAGCUUCACUCAAAGCCUCGUGACAAAAAUUGUCGACAACCUGCAGGUCACAAUCAAGAACAUUCACGUCCGCUACGAGGACUCCAUCUCUACGCCUGGCCACCCCUUUGCUCUUGGUGUUACCCUUCAAGAGUUUAGUGCCGUCAGUACAAACGGCGAAUGGACACCUACCUUCAUCCAGGACUCGACAAAGUCGACCCACAAACUCGCCAAACUCGGCGCGCUUGCUGUGUACUGGAACACAGAUACAGAGCUCUACGGGCCCGGUCGAGAGAUCGAUCAAGAGGACAGACCCACACUGACACACGAGGAGAUGGUUGCCAAGUUCAAAGGCAUGAUCGCAAAACCCGACGAAGCCAAACCUGACUACCAGUUUGUGCUUCGCCCCGUCAGCGGGCAAGCCAAGAUUGUUCUCGACAAGACAGGUGACAUUCACAUGCCCAAGACCAAGGCAAGUCUCUUGUUUGAGGAGAUUGGUCUUGUGCUGGAUGACGACCAGUAUCGAGAUGGCCUAAUGAUGGUUGACCUUUUCCACUACUUCAUCCGGCAUCAAGAGUACAAGAAGCUACAGCCCAAAGGUGUCACGCCCAAGGAAGACCCUCGAGCGUGGUUCAAGUUUGCAGGUGACGCCAUUCUCAGCAAGAUACACGAGCGCAACAGACGCUGGUCGUGGGAAUACUUUCGCGAGCGCCGCGACGACCGAAAACGAUAUAUCGAGCUGUUCAAGAAACGAAAGCAGCAACAGCUUUUCUCUGCAGAAGAGUCUGCGGAUAUCGAGGCGCUCGAGCAGCGACUCGACUACGAGGACCUGCGGUUCUGGAGGUCGCUGGGUCGGAAUCAACUCAAGAAAGAAAACGCCGCUGCUCUGAAGAGUAAACCGGCGCAGGCCCAACAACAGGGCUGGCUUGCAUGGGCAUGGGGCUCCAAACCGGCCGAAGAGCAGCACAGCGACAUGGAAGAAAACACACAGAUCACAGAGGAGCAGAAAAAGGAGCUCUAUGACGCCAUUGAUUGGGAUGAGAAGACAGCGCUCGCCGAGUCGGUUGAUGUUCCGAGGGAAAGUGUCAAGAUGCAAGUGGAGGCUUCUUUGAGCACCGGCAGUUUCACGUUGAAGAAGAACCACAACGGUAGACUCAAGGAUCUCAUCAGUCUACACUUUGACGUCUUUAAGGCCAAGGCCCUUCAGCGCCCCGACUCUUUCCUUGCUGCACUCAGCCUCGGCGGUCUGCGUGUCAAUGAUGGCACCACGUCGAACAGUCUGUUCCCUGAGAUUGUUCGUGUCAAGGACUCGCCGGAAACGCAAGAGCGCAAGGCUUUGACCAUCGAAGAGCUAGAGAGCUGUGACGACGAGCCCUUCUUCAACAUUGAGGUCGAGCAGAACCCCAUCGACCGCGAGGGUGAUAUAGCCGUCGUGGGGUCGCUCAAACCGUUGGAGAUUGUCUGGAAUCCCAACUCAGUCGUCGGUGUAGCUGACUUCUUCCGCCCUCCAGAGCGACACAUGGAGUCCAUUAGUGCGCUCAUGGAGUCGGCUGGCGCCACUGUCGAGGGCUUUCGUGAGCAGACCCGCGCAGGAUUGGAGUUUGCGCUCGAAGAACACAAGACAAUCAACGCUCAACUCGAUCUGCAAGCACCGUUGAUCAUCGUCCCAGUCAGCAUCGCCACCAAGGAGUCCACAUGCUUAAUACUGGAUGCUGGCCACAUCAGCGUCAACAGCAAACUCGUAGACCAGGACACGAUGAAGCAGAUUCAGUCCAAACAGCGACAGCAAUACUCAAACGAGGAUUUUGAGCGUCUCGAGUCUGCCAUGUAUGACAAAUUCUUGGUCAAGCUAACGUCGACACAAUUGCUUAUUGGACCAUCGAUUAAGGCCACCAAGAAGCAGCUCAUUGAUCGGGACGCCUCGCAAUCGUUGCACAUUGUUGACCAAAUCAACAUCGAUUUCGUCGUGGAAACAUCCAUUCUUCCAAAGGCGCCGAAUUUGACCAAGCUCAAGGUGUCUGGCCACCUACCGGUCCUGCAGGCGGCAAUGUCCGACGCAAAGUACAAGAACCUCAUGCGCAUCAUAGAUGUCGCGAUUCCCAAGUUCGGCGAUGACAAGACAGCCCACAACAAGUCCAAGGAACAAACGAGACCAACGUCGCGGUCGUCCAAGGCUUCCCGACCACGCCUCGCCAGCUCAGCCUCGAAUCGAUCUCGCAAGGAUGCCCGUCGCAAGUCAUCCCAAUUCCCAUUCUUACAACAGCAAACCGCCAUUGUCAUUGAUGACGAUGAUCUCGACGAGGAUGACAAUGAAAAUUACGAGGAUGCUUCGGACGGCGUUGAUAAUGAGCAGAUCACGAUGCAGCAGCGAUCGUUUGAGCUCAAGUUCAAGGUCGACACGCUCAAGGGAUCACUCUACCGCAGCGACCCCGACAGAAAGAAGCCAGAUCAAUUGCUCGUAGAGCUUGUCGCUAGCGAUUUCGACCUGGAGUUUUUCUUGCGUCCCUAUGACAUGUCGGCUGAGGUGUCUCUUGGUUCCGUGACCAUGGAUGACUUUGUGGAUGACCCACCAGGCGAGUUUAAAUCGAUCAUUUCUUCGGGCGAUGUGGAAGAUCGCGAGCAGAAGCGCAGUCUCGUCAAAGUCAAGUUCACCAAGCAAAAGGCCAUCGAAGCUGCCGAGAGCGACGACUACGAGAUCGACGUGGCGGCAGACACCCCCAGGGAGGACGCUCAAGCCAACACAGCAUCAAUUCGGGUCAAGGUCGAUCUCAAGAGUAUCAGACUCAUCCUGAACAAUGACGGCAUUCGGCUGGCGACACUCUCGUUCAACCACGCUGACGUCGGGGUUUUCUUGCGGGGCAAGACUAUGCGCGUGUCUGCUAAACUGGGCGACCUGAACCUCGUUGACGAUGUCAAUCAGGGAGUGCCCGACGACUCGCCCCUCCGCCGGCUCAUUGCCAUCGAGGGCGACGAUUUGGCUGAUUUCAGAUACGAGACGUUUGACGCCGAAAACAUCAAGACCUACCCUGGAUAUGACUCCUCCAUUUUCUUGCGGGCUGGUUCUUUCAAACUCAACUUCCUUGAGGAACCGUUCCGCAAGAUUAUCGAUUUUGUCGUCAAAUUUGGCAAGAUGCAGGCCAUUUUCAAUGCGGCCCGCCAAGCUGCCGCCAACCAGGCAAAUCAGAUCCAGCAAAGCACGAGCAGGUUCAAAUACGAUGUGGUUGUCAAAACGCCCAUUGUAGUUUUCCCACGAGUGGUGCAGCUUGGCCAGCCAAAACGCGACCUUUUGACAGCCUACCUCGGCGAGAUUUAUGCGCAGAAUAAGUUUGCACCACUUGACGACUCGGAGGACGCACAGAUUGCUACGAAGAUCUCAGCCGGCAUUCGCAAUAUUCGUCUGACUUCUGAUUUCAAUUACGAAGCUGACAAUUCCGAGGAGCUGGAGCUCAUCGACCACGUGGAUCUCGGAUUCAAUGUCACGUACGCCGAGCACCAGCACGGCAAAAAACGACCUGAAUUGGAGAUUCAAGGCACCAUGUCUGACUUCAACCUCAAGCUGACGCAAUAUCAGCUCAGAUUUCUCAUGGAGAUCUCUAAGUCUGUACCAGCAGCCUUUGCGAGUGACUCGGAUGCGCAGGUCGAGUCGGCCGAACAGGAUGUUGACGAAGACACCCUGAAGCGCGCCAAGUCAAUGCCAGUUGAAAAAGCGUCCGGCGAUGAUGAUCAGCUUGUCGAUCUGAGCCCGGAGCUCAGGUCGCGUGACAAGACGUGGACCACGCUGGACCUCGUGUUUCAGGUGCAAACUAUUGGCAUGGAACUCAUCAUGGCGCCCGAGGAUAAGCCUGUUGGCAAUAUUGAGACGGCCAGUCUCUCAAGGUUUUCGCUGGACGACACGAGAGUCAAGACGCGGAUGCUCAACGAUGGGUCUCUUGAGGGCGAGUUCGUCAUCCGUUCAUUCACAAUUCAUGACAGUCGGUCCCGCGACGCCAAUAAGUACCGUCGUAUCAUGACAUCGCUCAACAAAGAUGUCCAGCAGCUCAUGGCGAGUGUUACCAUGACUGGUGGAAAGGACAAGAGUUUGAUUGCCAUGGUAACGGUGGAUAGCCCUCGCAUCAUCUUUGCGCUCGACUACCUCUUUGCCAUCCAGAACUUUGUGACAAUUGGAUUGACGGCCGAGGAUCCCCUCGCGAUAGACGAUGAAUCGUUGCUCGACGUACAGUCUGCCGAAGAGUCGGAUGCGGAUCUUGACGCUGUAUCCUCACGAGCAGUCUCGACUAAGCAUACAACAGCCAGCCAGCAGAUUUCAGAGAUUGGGAUGUUCAUGUGUCGAAUGGACAAGUUCGAAGACUCGCGACUCCGCGUUCUCGACGACUUCUCGAUCCAGAUGUCCAUGGACAGCUCCAAACCAGGUCUAACGAGCAUUCACGUCGAUGUAGAACCGCUCAUCCUACGCUUGUCCUUGCGAGAUAUCCUCUUGGCCUUACAGAUUGCUAGCAAGGCCACUGAGCUCUCCAGCAACCAGCCUCAGAAUGACUCCAAGCCAUCGGCGGUGGACGAAAAGGCUCGACAACUGCGGCAGGCCGGACUAAAACAACGUACAGCUAGCGGUAAGGGUCCGUCAACGCUUGCAGCGCGCACGCGUGCCACCAAGAGCGCAGGUCCCGGUGCCAAGAUUGCAGCUGCGCAAGGCAGCCAGGCGGAUGAUUUUGAGAGUUAUGGAGCCCUACAAAAACCUCCCCACCAGCAUGAAGAGCUUACAGCAACGAUUGACGGCAUUCGGAUCGUGCUCAUUGGAGACACACACGAACUGCCCAUCUUUGACUUGGGUAUCAAAAGUCUCACGGCGACAGCUGAAGACUGGUCGUCGAAUCUCAAGGCCGGCACGGCUGUCGACAUUUACAUGAAUGUGUACAACUUUUCCAAGUCCUCCUGGGAGCCGCUGCUGGAGCCUUGGCAGAUGGGCGUCGGCAUUGCAAAGGAGCAAGACACGGGACUUCUUUCCAUUGAUGUCACGUCUAAAAAGGUCUUUGAUGUGACGCUCACAACGGCUACCAUUGCUCUGGCAUCCAAGUCUUUCGCCUUCCUCAGCCAGGACGAGGAUGUCCUCGGCAAGCCCCGCGGUGUCGACGCGCCCUACCGCAUUCGUAAUUACACCGGUUUCGAAGCAGUCGUUCAGUCCAAGAGCACUGUCACCGACGAGGUCACAACAACACGUCUCGAAGACGGCCAGCAAGUGCCUUGGAGCUUUGAACCCUGGGAGAAGAUGCGCGAGAACCUCUUGGCGGAGAGUAGUUCCAACGAUGUCACGAUCCAAUUGGAAGGCAGCGGCUUCGACCCGGUCAAGAGCGUUCGUCUCAAUCGCGAGGGUGAGUUCAUCUACGGUCUGCGUCCUAAGACGGACAAUGUUCUGCACCGACUACUCGUUGAGGUCAGCCUUGGUCAAGACAACGUCAAAUACGUCACGCUUCGUUCGCCUCUGGUCGUUGAGAACGAUACGCAGAUCCCGGUUGAAUUGGGAGUCUACGAUGCGGAGGAGGGUCACCUGCUGAAAAUUGAAAAGAUCUCCCCCGGCGAGUCGCGCCCCGCCCCGGUCGGUGCCGUCUUUCUCAAAUCGUUGCUCAUCAGGCCUGACUCAGGGUUUGGCUACGCGUGGUCGUCAGAGACGCUUUGGUGGCGCGAUCUGCUCAAGCGACCCACGAGGACCAUGGUGUGCAAGGGUGAGAACGGGGACCCAUUCUACUUUCAAGUCAACGCGACCUUUGAUAAGGCCAAUCCUUUAACCAGGAACUACCCGUACAUGCGGCUUAAGGUUUCGCCGCCCAUCGUCCUCGAAAACCUGCUCCCUCACGACUUCAAGUACCGCAUCUAUGACAAGGAUACGAAGAAGGACUGGACCAACUUUUUGCGUAAGGGCGGUCUGAGUCCUGUGCACGUUGUUGAGCUUUCACACCUGCUCCUUCUGAGCAUCGACAUGCAAGAUACCGUAUUCAAGCCCAGCGAUUUUGCCGUGGUGAACCCAGGCCACUCAGACGAGUUCAAGAAGGAAAAGAAGCUCAUAUGCAAGGACCAAGAUGGUCUUCAUCUGACGCUUCAGCUGCAUUACUUCAAGAUCCCCGACAGCGGUGGCGCGUUCCGCGUGACUGUGUACAGUCCCUACGUCAUCCUCAACAAGACUGGUCUCGACCUUAGCAUCCGAGCAAAGAGCUUCAUGCAGAGCGCCAAGGCCGCAGCGGGUCAGUCGCUGCUCACACAAGGACUGGAGCCAGGCCAAGAACGUCCCAAGGCCACGCCUUUCAUGUUCUCCUAUGGUAAUGACGAUAACCGCAACCGCACGCUCCUCAAAAUUGCCGACUCAGAGUGGAGCAAGCCGCAAUCUUUCGAUGCCAUCGGCAGCACCAAUGAAGUUGUUUUGCCGUCCGCGAAGAAGAACAGCGAAAUUCACGUCGGUAUCACGAUCGAGUCUGGCGAAGGCAAGUACAAGAUGACCAAGGUCGUAACUCUGGCGCCGCGGUUUGUUCUCGCCAACAAGCUUGACGAAGAGAUUAACGUCCGCGAGUCGAGCGCUUCCGGCUUCAUGACGCUCAAGCCCGGCGCCCUACAACCCAUCCACUUCAUGCAGAAGACGGCAGUGAAGCAGCUAUCGCUUUGCCAUGCCGGCAUGAAUAAUGACUGGACCUCGCCGUUCAACAUUUCCGACAUAGGCACGACACACAUCAAAAUUGCUAAACACGGUCAGCGUCAGAGGCUCGUCCGUGCCGAAAUCCUCAUGGAAGCCGCUACUGUGUUCGUGCACCUCAGUAUAGAGACAAAGAACUGGCCUUUCUCCAUGCGCAAUGAGAGCGAUACCGAAUUCACCUUUUACCAGGCCAAUCCGAAUGUCGACGAGGACGGAGUCGAGGACCGGUCUGGCUGGAAGCCCAUUCGGUACAGACUGCCUCCACGCAGCAUCAUGCCCUACGCAUGGGAUUAUCCCGCCGGCAAGUUCCGCGAGAUUGUUCUGAACGCACAGGGCAAGGAGCGCCAUGUCAAACUGGCCGAGAUCGGCAAUCAGAUUCCCAUGAAGGCUGUCACUGCCUCGGGCCAGCAAAAGAUCAUUGACAUCAAUGUAGCCGCCGAUGGGCCGACGCAGACUCUGAUCCUGUCGAAUUAUCGGCCGUCCAAGAGUCUCUACCGCCAGAAGUCUAAAUCGGGUUCCCGCACAAACAACGCCGAGGGCUUCGAGGUCAAAAGUCAAGAGACAGGCGCUACGUUCCGCGCCCAGCUCAAGCUGUCUGGCAUUGGCAUAUCGUUGAUCAACUCACAGCUGCGAGAGCUUGCAUACAUCACAUUCCGUGACGUGCAACUGAGGUAUCAAGAGUCGCAGUUAUAUCAGACUGUGAGCCUGGCGGUCAAGUGGAUACAGAUUGACAAUCAACUGUACGGGGGUCUGUUCCCAAUGAUUCUGUAUCCCAGCGUCGUGCCCAAGAAGGCGCAAGAGGUCGAUGCGCACCCCUCACUGCAUGCCAUGGUCACCCGAGUCAAGGACGACUCCUACGGCGUCCUUUACAUCAAGUACGCCACGCUGCUGUUGCAGCAAAUGACGGUCGAGCUUGACGAGGACUUUGUCUACGCCGUGCUCGACUUUUCCAACAUCCCUGGCGCCGCAUGGUCCAAUAGUCCCGAUCAAGGCAAGCUUUGCGAUGAAGAACUCGACAUCCCGGAGCCGAAACAGCAGCAAUCAGGACAGGACAUAUAUUUUGAGCUACUCAAUAUCCAACCCAUGCAGCUGGAUCUCUCGUUCAUGCGCACCGAGCGCGUCAACGCUGAAGACAAGACAUCGUCCCGCAAUCCACUCAUGUUCUUCCUAAAUGUCAUGACUAUGGCCAUCGGCAACGUCAAUGAUGCCCCUAUCCGACUUAACGCAUUGAUGCUCGAUAAUGUGCGCGUCUCUGUGCCGGCGCUGACCCAAAACAUCUCCAACCACUACAGCCAAGAAGUGCUCUAUCAGGUUCACAAGAUUCUCGGCUCGGCAGAUUUCCUCGGCAACCCUGUCGGCUUGUUCAAUAAUAUCAGCUCGGGUCUCACCGAUGUGUUUUAUGAACCAUACCAGGGCCUGAUCCUCUCUGACAAGCCAGAGGAUUUUGCGCUCGGCGUAGGCAAGGGAGCAGCAUCGUUCGUGAAGAAGUCGGUCUAUGGCUUUACAGAUUCCUUUUCAAAGUUCACAGGCAGUCUGUCCAAGGGCCUCGCCGCGGCCACACUCGAUAAGCAGUUCCAGGACCGUCGACGUAUCACGAGGGCGCGAAACCGACCCAAACACGCUCUCUAUGGCGUCACGGCGGGCGCAAAUUCAUUCUUCACCAGCGCCGCAUCUGGCGUCGGAGGCCUCGUCCGCAAGCCACUCGAGGGAGCUGAGCAGGAGGGAGCAAUGGGUUUCUUCAAGGGCAUCGGUAAAGGUGUCGUUGGCUUCGCCACCAAGCCUGCCAUUGGCGUACUUGACAUGGCUUCGAAUGUUUCCGAGGGAAUCCGCAACACAACCACCGUCUUUGAUGGCUCCGAGCUUGAGCGUGUGCGAUACGCGCGCUUCAUUCCGGCCGACGGCAUCGUGCGGCCUUACAAUGGGCGCGAGUCCAUGGGACAAUACUGGCUCAAGCAAGUCGACAAUGGGAAAUAUUUCAACGAGCAGUACAUCGCUCACCUGGAGCUGCCUCGAGAAGACAUGGUGGUCAUGAUUACCUACUCACGUAUUCUGCUCAUUCGCAGCCGACGGCUUACAUCUGAAUGGGACGUGCCGCUGAAGGACGUUCAGACCAUUGCGAAGGAGCGCACGGGUUUGAGUUUAACGCUGAGGGGCGGCACCAAUGGCCCGUUCCUGCCAGUAGGCGAUGAAAGCGGACGAGCCUUUCUAUACAAGAUGGUCGCCGUAGCGGUGGAGGAAUUCAACCGAAGGUUCAGGGGUCUAGAGUGA